CUCCCGCUGUCACCCCCCCCCCCCCCACCGGGAGGGGGUCGCGGAAGCGGAAGCGGAAGUAGCGGAGGUUGAGGGGAGGGAGGAGGGGGGCAAGAUGGCGGCGGUGUGCCUUAGCGAGGCGGAGAAGCUGUACAUCGUGCACGGCGUGCAGGAGGACCUCCGUGUAGAUGGCCGUGGCUGCGAAGAUUACAGGUGUGCAGAAGUAGAAACAGAUGUUGUGUCAAACACAUCCGGAUCUGCGAGAGUGAAGCUGGGACACACUGAUAUCUUGGUGGGCGUAAAAGCUGAAAUGGGGACACCAAAGCUGGAGAAACCAGAUGAAGGUUAUCUGGAAUUUUUCGUUGACUGUUCUGCAAAUGCUACUCCUGAAUUUGAAGGCCGGGGAGGAGAAGAACUUGGCACAGAGAUAGCAAAUACACUCUACAGGGUAUUUAGCAGCGAAGGGAGUGUAGACCUGAAAUCUCUUUGUAUUAAUCCUAGAGAGCACUGCUGGGUUCUCUAUGUUGAUGUAUUGUUAUUGGAGUGUGGUGGGAACCUCUUUGAUGCAAUCUCUAUUGCGGUGAAGGCAGCCCUCUUUAACACAAGAAUACCCAAAGUGCGUGUUCUGGAGGAUGAAGAAGGCUCUAAAGAAAUUGAGCUCUCUGAUGACCCUUAUGAUUGCAUUCGACUAAACGUGGAUGAUGUGCCCUGCAUUGUCACGUUAAGCAAAAUUGGAUAUAGGCAUGUGGUGGAUGCUACCCUUCAGGAAGAAGCCUGUUCUUUGGCCAGCCUGCUUAUUGCUGUGACCAGCAAGGGUGCCCUCACUUGCAUGAAGAAAAUAGGGAAAGGCAGCCUGGAUCCUGAGAGCAUUUUUGAAAUGAUGGAGAGAUCCAGAACUAAUUUUAGUAUGGCUAACGUGGAAGUGAGGAAUGCAGAAGCUGGAGCCAAGUUUGAAAGCAGUUGGUCUCAAGUGGAAAUUACAGGCUGAAUAUCUGUGGGAGUUCAGCGUAUCGUGAUGUCAGUCCAGAGUGCUGAUUGUGUGAUACCGGUGGUCUGCUAAUUGCAUCCAGGGGGGUCACGUAACCCCCUUGUUGUCCAGGUAAUGUGCACAGGGUUCAUCUUUGAUCUGGCAUCCUAAAGAAACCAAACUUCGCAUGGACAUCUGAUGUGUCUUCCUGGAUGGAUUUUGAGUCCAGUUCUAACUAAAUGUCACAAGACUUGAAGCUUUGGGUCUAGGGCUGCUACAGAGGGAUGGGCAUUUGACUCAGUUACAGGCUCGUGGUAGAAGCCACCCCCCGUGCAAGUUUUCUGAUGCAGAAAAUGCAGAAAACAUUGAUCACCAACUUAGCUCUACAGCGAGCCCUAACUAGGAAAUGAACUUCGGUGGUUCCAUUGAUAGUCUAUUAUCAGGCCGUGCUUGAGACUAAACAGUGCUUGCUUAAACACUGAUCAGAUGUGUGUGGAAACCUUCCAACUGUCUUACUCUACUUGAGAGCUUGUCCCUUCGUGUUGGUGAAAGGAGUUAAAGCUUCAGCUGAAUGCCCAGCGUGCUGUGCUCUUGCUUGGUUUGGAAGAAGUCCUCUCUCUUGGGUGGUGAGCAUCUGGAAGGAGUGAGGGAGAAAGCUGAUGAGAAGAAACAAAUAUUUUUUCUGGGAGGUGAGAGGUCCUGUUUUGUUUGAGACUGCCUCAAACAUAGCAGCCUGAUUAGAGUACCAAGGGAAAGAAGAAAAAAAAAGAAAAGAGGAGGGGACUGGGAAUGUCCAGUGUAAGAGUUGCAUAAUCCUUCCAUGACACUUCCUAUUCCUAGUGAGAUUUAACAGCAGGUCAGAAGGUGUGUUCAGCUUUCCCUGCCCGGUAGAGAACCGAAGUAUCGAGGAUGUAUCUCUAAAGGAAGGCAGUUGCAUGGGGAAGUUUUGGGAA